UCCUGAGCAAACCCUCAAACGAAACACCGCCGUUUAAGUCACCUCCGGCCAACCUUGUCGCUGCCAGCCGUAGCUCAGUAUCCCGUCUCCGUCUUAAUCCAUUGAAAGAGUACUGUUAACUUCAGAAAAUCAAAUUGUGCGUUUUGGUUUCUGGAUAAAAGGAGACUCUUUUAUCGGUGAGUUUCUGGGACAUUUGCAAAAGUUCUCAACUUUUGAUUCCGGUUUUUGUUGUGAUGUACCUGAAAGAAGGAUGUUCGUUGCUGCUGAAAGUUCAAAAACCCAUUAUUCCAUUUGUCCUCAAUACUAAUCUCACCGGGAAAUUGCUCCUGGAAUCUCCAAACCCUGCCACAGAAAUCAAAGAAUUUGAAGUGGUAAAGAGGCUGAGACAAGAGUCAUGUGUCCCUUUAGCUUUGCAGUACUUCAAAUCCAUUGCCAAUUCAAAUCUCUUCAAGCACACGCCUUUGACAUUCGAGGUGAUGAUCAGAAAGCUUGCAGGUGAUGGUCAGAUUGAUAGUGUUCAGUAUCUUUUGCAGCAAAUGAAACUCCAAGGUUUUCAGUGUUCUGAAGAUUUGUUUGUCAAUGUUAUUAGUGUAUACAGGCAGGUGGGUUUGGCUGAACGAGCCGUGGAGAUGUUUUAUAGGAUAAAGGAAUUCGGGUGUGAUCCUUCGGUUAAGAUAUAUAACCAUGUUUUGGAUACUCUACUCGGUGAGAAUAGGUUUCAGAUGAUUUAUACAGUUUAUAGAAACAUGAAGAGAGAUGGGUUUGAGCCAAAUGUUUUCACGUAUAAUGUCCUUCUUAAGGCCUUGUGUAAGAACAACAAGGUAGAUGGAGCUCAGAAGUUGCUAGUGGAGAUGUCGAAUAAAGGCUGUUCACCUGAUGCUGUGAGCUACACCACAGUGAUAUCAUCGAUGUGUGAGCUCGGUAUGGUGAAGGAAGGGAGGGAACUCGCGGCGAGAUUCGAACCUGUUGUGAGCGUCUAUAACGCUUUGAUUAAUGGGUUGUGCAAAGAUCAUGAUCACGAAGGGGCAUUUGAACUGAUGAGAGAAAUGGUGGAGAAGGGGAUAUCUCCUAAUGUUAUCUCGUACUCAACACUUAUCAAUGCGCUUUGCAACUCUGGAGAAAUCGAGCUCUCUUUCUCGCUUCUGGCCCAGAUGUUGAAACGAGGGUGUCAUCCAAACAUCCAUACAUUGAGUUCUCUGGUGAAGGGUUGUUUUGUAAGAGGUACAACUGUUGAUGUCCUAGACUUGUGGAACCGGAUGAUCACAGGAUUUGAGUUACUACCAAACGUUGUAGCGUUUAAUACUUUGGUACAAGGAUUUUGUUCUUUUGGGAAUAUGGAAAAGGCUCUGUCUGUGUUUUCACAUAUGGAAGAAAACGGAUGUUCUCCAAACAUCAGAACCUAUGGUUCUCUUAUGAACGGCUUUGCCAAAAGAGGUAGCCUCGAGGGAGCAGUUGAGAUAUGGAAUAAGAUGCUAACUCAUGGAUGCUCCCCAAAUGUUGUGGUGUAUACAAGCAUGGUGCAAGCUCUUUGUAGGCACUCCAAGUUCAAAGAAGCUGAAUCUCUUAUAGAGAUUAUGUCCAAAGAAAACUGCGCUCCUUCUGUAACGACGUUUAAUGCAUUUAUCAAAGGUUUAUGCGAUGCAGGGAGGCUUGACUGGGCAGAGAAAGUGUUCAGACAAAUGGAGCAGCAAUACGGGUGUCCUCCCAACAUUGUAACAUACAAUGAGCUACUAGAUGGGCUAUCAAAGACAAACCGAAUAGAAGAAGCUUAUGGUCUCACCCGAGAGAUAUCAAUGAGAGGUGUGGAAUGGAGCUCAACGACUUACAACACGCUUUUACAUGGAUCGUGCAAUGCAGGUCUCCCUGGGAUAGCUCUGCAGCUAGUGGGGAAAAUGGUGGUCGAUGGUAAAUCGCCGGAUGAGAUAACGAUGAAUAUGAUGAUGUUAGCGUAUUGCAAACAAGGGAAAGCUGAGAGGGCAGUCCAGAUGUUGGAUCAAGUUUCAUGUGGAGGAAGAAAGUGGCAGCCUGAUGUGAUCUCAUACACAAACGUGAUAUGGGGUCUAUGCAGCUCUGAUUGUAAGGAGGAUGCGGUGAUUCUUCUUGAGAGGAUGAUAAGAGAAGGGAUUGUGCCAAGUAUUGCUACAUGGAAUGUAUUGGUUCAUCGUUUUAUUCACGAUGACACUUGAGCUCAUGAUCAGUCAUGAUCAGUUUACCAUAUGGCAAUUUAAACUUGUUCAGUUUGUUGGGAAGCCAUUUGAGUCUCUGUAUGACUAGAAGCAUCAACUCGGUGGAUUUAUGGAAAUCUUGUGAUGACAUGGAAGCUUGGCUUGUGGGUCGUCGCUGGAAUCUUCAAGAACUCGAAGAAAACACUUCAAUUCUUGCAAGAAAGAUCAGACGACUGCUUUUUGUAUCUGACAAAUACAUUUCUGAGAGAUUGCUAAGCAAAUAUGAUGAGACAGAUGCGCUUUGGCCAUGCUUCUGUUGUAAUAUGAUUAUUUGGUCAACAUUCAUUUACUCCACUCCGUCGAGAAGCUGCUUAAAAGACUGUUUACUAAAGAAGAGCUCGGGAAGAAAACUUUUGGAUUCUCUGGCCAAGGUUUGAUUUUAAAGUCGUUUGUGUAUUGAUAGAUAGUUCACUGAUGUAUACAACUAUAUAAGUUC